AGGAUGCAGAUCUCUCUGCUGUGCUGCGGCCUCCUCGGCCUCGUGGCGAGCACGGCCUCCACGCCGGCGGCGUCCGGCUGCGGCUCUGCAGAGCCCACCUGCGGGGCCCGCUUCCAGGGGGACGUCAUGAUAGGUUUGCUGAUGCCGUGCCACAGUAAAAUAGAGAAUCUCCAUCACCGCCUGAGGCCUGAAAUGUUCCCCUGCACAGAUUUCGAUUUGGUGGCAUUCAUGAGAUCCUUGGCUGUCAUUCACAUGAUCGAAGAAAUAAAUGCGUCCGGCUUCCUCCCGGGGCUGAGUCUGGGGUACGUGAUGUGUGACACGUGCGCCGACGCCACCAUGGCCCUGCAGAAUGUUGAGUACAUGCUUGCAGUCAACAACUCCCGGCAGGUGAUGUGUGACUACACAGACUUCAGGCCAGCAGUCAAGGCCGUCCUGGGAGCGCGCUACUCUGAGGUGUCCAUUGCUGUGGCCAGGCUGCUCAGCAUAUUCAUGAUUCCCCAACUGAGCAGCACGUCGUCCUCACCGUCACUCAGUGACAUCCUGCGCUUCCCGUCCUUCAUGCGCACUGUUCCCAGCGACACCCAUCAGACCAAAGCUCUGACCAAACUCAUGGCCCACUUCAACUGGGACUGGGUGGGGGUGGUGUAUGGGGAUGACGACUAUGGCAAAGCGGCUUUUCGGAGCUUUCUCCGGGACGCGGAGGAGAUUGGCGUGUGCCUGGCCUACCAGGAGAUGAUACCCCACUACCUCGAUCACAAGACCAGCAUACGACGCAUCAGGCAAGUCGUGAGACAGAUCAGCUCCUCCAACGCCCAGGUGGUGCUGCUCAUCCUGAAAUCUGAGCUGGUGGGGGCCAUCUUCAAGGAGAUGAUCCGGGAAGGCACAUCCAGAACCUGGAUCGCCAGCGAUAUCUGGUCUCUAAGUGGGCCCUUGGCUCACAUGGAAGGCAUCAGUCAGGUGGGCGACAUCUUCGGCUUCAGUUUUGUCACGCGCAAGAGUGAGGCGUUUGACGACUACCUGAAGAAUCUGAGACCGACCCCCGGAGGUUACAACCACUUCAUCGAAAAGUACAAAAACUUGAGAUUCAACUGCACCCCAGAAUGUGGUACGGAUGACCCUCCUUCCUAUUGUCCCACAUCUGACCUCCUGAAUAUUAAAUCUCCCCAUGCAUGUGAUUACACGAACGCCCAAGAUGGCAACGACGACUUCCUCACGACGGCUGUGGACUCCAGUGGAAGCCACAACGAACGAAUGGCUGUGUCGGCUGUAGCUCACGCUUUAAAAGAGCUACUUCGUUGUAAUGACUCCUCGUGCCCCGGAGAGAUUAACUUUCCUCCGUGGAAGCUUCUCGAAAUACUGAAAAAUAUUUCUUUCAACUUCGAAAAUCAGACAUAUUCUUUCAAUGAAUAUGGCGAUUUUGUGAGUGGUUAUGACCUAAUAUUCUGGGAGAAGAAUGGAGACCACAGGAGCUUUGAAAAGUUAGGGAGCUACAACGCCUCGAAUGGACAGAUCCAGCUUGAUAUGAACAAAAUCAAUUGGUCAUCGACAUUCAAUGACUCGAUCCCAAAGUCUAAAUGCUCAGAAUCCUGCGGGCCGGGCACUGUGAAGAAGUUCUCUGAGGUGUCCUGCUGUUAUAACUGCACCCCGUGCAUGCCGGGGACGUUCUCUGAUGCCUGGGAUCUGCUCGACUGUGAAUCUUGCUCAAAUGGUACGUGGUCCCUCGGGAACUCGUCAUAUUGUGAGCCAGUAAGAGAAGUCUACCUCAGAUGGAGCGAACCUUAUCCCAUUGCGCUGGUGGCGUCUGCAGGUUUUGGCAUGCUGCUGCUGCUGGUCAUCUUCAUCAUCUUCCUAGUGUACAGAGAGUCUCCGCCUAUGAAAAGAGCCGAAGUGAGGUUGUCCUGUGUGAUGAUGUUUGGUAUCGCGGUGAGCUUCGGCAGCGUGAUAUGCUUCAUAGGCUAUCCCAACGUACACCUCUGCCGGGCCCGGCAGGUCAUGUACGCCAUGGGCUUCACCUUGUGUAUUUCCUGUGUCCUGGUCAAGGCCUUUCGUACAUUCCUGGCUUUCCUUCCCUUCAGUCAGCAAAUAUACAGGGGGCUGAAUAAACUCUACAAGCCACCAAUCAUUGUCAGCGUUGUGACCCUUCUCCAGGGGGUCAUCUGCACCCUGUGGCUGAUCUUUGAUUCUCCCUGUAUAAACGAAGACACUCAUUCACGUCGAAGCUUGGAGAUAAUAAUACAGUGUAAUGUGGGUUUGACGUUCAUCGGUUUUGGCAUCAUGUUGAGCUACAUCGCCCUGCUAGCCCUGGUCGGUUUCGUCCUCGCCUUUAAAGGCAGGAAGGUCCCUCAGCAGUUCAGCGAGACAGGCUAUAUCAUCUUUAGCAUGCUAAUGUACCUGUUUGUGUGGGUCUGUUUCAUCCCAGUCUAUAUCCUGAAGACAGGACAGGAAGCCUAUGUGCAGGCUUCAGCCAUUCUGGUGUCUAGCUACGGAAUCAUCUUCUGUCAUUUCUUACCUAAAUGCUAUGAGGCACUUUGGGAGCUGAAAGGAGAUACACUGGAGAUAAUCCUCAAGAAGUGGCACGUCACCAACAAUCGGACUCUAGAUGAAAAUCCACAGUCACACAGUAGCUAUAAUACUCCGUGUCAAGGUGUGGUCUCCCAUGAAACUCAUCCCACUCAAUUCCAGUCCUCAUUAACGUCUUCGGAGAGCUCAGGGGUGCUGAGCCUGGGCAGCCCUACUGGGUCAGAAGUGGUCAUAUUAGCCGAGUCCAAAUCAAUCUUUAGUGACCAGCCACUAAAAAUGCUGUGGACCAAACAAAUGGUGCGAAGGAGAUUUAGGAGCAUUUCCUUUUAGGACUGGUGACUCAGACCUUUGUUGUGCAUUUUACAAUUGCAACUAAAUAAUAAUAAGUCAUUACUUUUGAAGCUUUGACAAACCGAAACAAGUUUACACAGACCGAAAAGGUGCAGGCUGAAGCUUUAGCUUAUUACUUUAAUUAUUUUGUACAGAGCCCUUUAGACCUAUACACCGAAAAUGAAAGAAAGAAGAAAAAGGGACUGAAGGAAAAUAAGGGAAGGACUAUAUAUAUAUAUAUAUAUAUAUAUAUAUAUAUAUAUAUAUAUAUAUAUAUAUAUAUAUAUAGUGUGUGUGUGUGUCUGUGUGUAUAGGUGAAGUUCUACUCUUGGGUGGAGAAGCCUUGACAUAUUUCUGUUUUGUUUUUUUUUGUCUUUGUAAAGUCUUUGUAAGAUAUGUGAUAUUAAUAUAUGUCUUAAUAUUAUCUAAUUUUAAGAUAUAUUUUCUGAUGAAAACAUAAUUAUAUGACAUUCCUUGGCGUUCAGAGGGCAACAUUUAACUUUUAGUUGUAUUAUAUACAACCACCACAUGUGCAAGUACAAUAAAAUUGCUGUU